CUGGCCUCGGACUUCGGCUCCUGUGGUUGCUUAGAGCAACCGUCGCACGUUGGCCAUCGAAGCGCGGCUCGUGGGCCGGAUGUCCAGUUCCCGUUCUCCCGAGGGCACCCGGGGCGCUGGGCGGCAGCGGCGCAGCUCCUCGGGAACCCCGCCGCCUGUGUGGACCGAAAGCCCUCCCUCCGGCGGCGGUGUCCGCCCAGGGCCUCCGUGGGGUGGGGCAGGCGUCCGCCCAUGGCACGCAGUUAGGCACUCGGGGUCCCGAGAGCGGACCCCAGGGCCGCGCAGCCAUAGCCUCUCGUACUCCUGCUCCGUCUCCUGUGGCAGAUACCGGUGCCACCACCGCUAUGCAGGCGACUGGUGGUGGGCGGAAGACUACGGGCAAGAGGAGGAGAGCUGUCAGCAACGGAGGCUGAAGGAGCGAGAGCGGGCUGGGGAGCUGGGAGCGCCUGAGGUGUGGGGGCUGUCACCAGAGCCUCCUGAGCCCGAUUCCGACGAACAUGCUCCGGUCAAAGAUGAAAUAAAGAACUGGAAGGGCAGUGCUUCAGAGUCCAGCUCCGAAGAAAAGAGGAAGAGGACCAGUUGUUCAAAACCGAAAAAAAGAACGAAAAAGCCCUCUAAAAGAAAGCAUAGAAAGUAUUAUGAUAAUGAUGGUUAUUCGGGAUCUGACAGUAAUUCUAGCUCUGAUGAAAAUAAAAAGCGAGUCAAAAAAGCCAAAAAGAAAGAAAAGAGAAAGAAACACAAAAGGAAACCCAAGAAAAAGAGUAAGAGGAUGAAAAAUCUCAAUGACCCAACUUGUAAAGCUUCAGAAGGGAAGUUGCCAGAAAGUACCUGGAUUGAGCAGUCAAAAACUGCAGAUACUGUGGGUUUAUUAAUAGGUCCAGAAACACCGAUAAUACAUACCUGUCAAGAUGAGAAGCCUUUAAGUUAUGGCCAUGCUCUGCUUCCAGGUGAAGGUGCAGCUAUGGCAGAGUACGUAAAAGCUGGAAAGCGAAUCCCACGAAGAGGUGAAAUUGGAUUGACAAGUGAAGAGAUCGCCUCAUUGGAGUGUUCAGGCUAUGUCAUGAGUGGUAGUAGACAUCGAAGAAUGGAGGCUGUGCGACUGCGUAAAGAGAACCAGAUUUACAGUGCUGAUGAGAAGAGAGCCCUUGCAUCCUUUAACCAAGAAGAGAGACAAAACAGAGAGGAUAAAAUUUUAGCCAGUUUCCGAGAGAUGGUGUACAGAAAGACAAAAGGGAAAGAUGACAACUAAAGACGUGUUUGUUAGACAGCAGGACUUUUUAACAACAGAAGUUUUAUAUGACCACUGUGCUUUUCUACUAUGUUAACAGGUUCCUCAAGAAAAAGCUUCUUUUUGAGAUAGUGCACAUGGUUUUUAAAAAGAUGCAAACAUUACAGGAGAGAGUAAAAGGUGACUGCCACUGCAAUCCCUGAUUCCCUUCCCCAAACCUCUUUUUGGUAUUUGUUCAUAGUUUUCUGUAUAUACAAGGACACAUUUUAUAGAAUAAAGCUGACUUUGACUAUUCAAAGCCAA